AUCAGCCUGUGUCGAGAGGACCCGCUAGAAAACUCGAGGAGGACUGCGCCGAAGGAGCUCCAACCGCGCGGAGCAGCAACCACGAUCAGUCUCGAUCCUCGGCACCGGGGGAGCGAGCUUAGCGAUGUAGCUCGAUCAUCGCCCCAGCGAAAUCCUAACAUCAGCAAACACAGCUAAACUACAGUGUACCAAUAAAAACAGUGUAUCGUCAAGUAAUUCCUAGUGAUCAUUUCGAACCACUUAUCUCGUACUUAAAGAAGAAAUCAAUGUCACCGCGAGAAGCGAAGAAACCGUCGAAUCGAGCUCAGUGAAAAGUCGGCGAGGUCGGAGCGGAGGACAAUGGGGAGACAGGCAACAGGCGGAAGCAGGAUCGCGUGGACGGAAGCUAGGCAGCGGUCGCGGUCGUGGGGGACGCGUUUCUUGGGCCGAGUGGCCUGAGAUAUGCCAGGAGUGGCGAUCCCGUUGACAACGGAAGCAGCGUCGUCGAGGCCGCGAGCCGUAGCCGAGUCCAGGUCGGGAUCGAGCGGCGUGGGUGGCCGGUCGCUGGCGUUAGAGAUCGAGACGAUCGAGCGCCGGGUCUGCGCGACCCGACGCGACCUGUUCGUGCCGGUGACGGUCGAUCCACGACCGGCCCGCGCGGUCCACUGUCCGGACCUGAACGCCUGUCUGAUCAACGAGAGCCGGCCGAAGGAGGAUCAGGUCGACUGCCAGGCGGUGCACUUCGGCUACGCGAUCCCGGUGAACGUGGUGCCGGUCGAGGGCAGCCCGGAGCUGGUGCAGCUGGUGCUGGACCACUCGCAGGAGCUGAGCAGUCGGGUGGCCAGCUUCCUGCUGGACCACCAUCCGCAGUUGCGGGAGCUGAGGCCGGACCCGGAGAUGGCAGCGACCGCGAAGCACGACCUGCGCCGGAAGUACCCGACGACCGCCUCGGACACGUCCAGCUCCGGCGACGAGGACAUCGCGGCGAUCGCGAAACAGAUCAGCGAUCACGCCGAGGCGAUCUACCAGACCUGGAAGAGCCGGGGCCUGGCGCCCACCGAGAUCCUGAACUGCCACAGCAAUGCGACCGCCGCGGACAAGUUCGGCACCGCGCUCACGCCGACCAACGCGGCCAUCAGCCCCGGGAAGACCUCCCCGACGGCUGCCUCGUCGGCGAACGCCACCGUCGACAUCCUGGCGCAGUCGCCGAACCUGGACAACGGCAACCUGGAGAAGCUGGUGAACAACUUCGUGGUGGAGGACAAGGCCAGGAUAGCCGCGUCCAGACAGAGGUCGCCGUCCAAGACGCUGCCAUCCUCGAUUCAAUUCGCGCUGCAGAAGUUCGAGAGGAACUCCACGCAGCAGCAACAGCAGCAGCAGACCUCGCCGUUGAAGAACAGCAACGCUGCCAGCCAGUCGAAGGCGAAGCAGAACGUUCUUCUUUCCCCGACUUCGCCGUACGCUAACAAGCCCUCGCAGAUCGUGAAGCCGCAGGUCUCCACGAAGACGCCGCCCGGCGCGCAUCACAGGGAGGUCUUCCUGGAGACGAUCGAGACCACGUUCCCGGCGGACCUCGCGCCGUCGAAGAUCGUCCAGCAGAAGAGGCCGGCAAGCACCGUGAUUACGUCGCCGACCUCUCCGAACUUGGAGAACGCUUCGAACUCGGUGAAUUCCGGCUUGACCACAUGGCCGUUGAAGAACAAGCUGAACGAGAACAAGAGAUUGACGGACUCGUCGAGGUCGCAGCUGGAGACCAAACCGCUGACGAAGGAGGAGAAGAGAAGCAGCGGGUCGAACUCGAGCGUGUAUCUUGACGAGGUCGCGCGGGAGGAGGAGCGGCUGAUCAACGCGCUGAAGACCGGCUCGGUGAUCACGGAAGAGCCCGCGGAGAGGACCGUGCCCCUGACGCGGCAGAAGCCGGCGAUCAAGCGGGAGAAGCCGAAGGUGGAGCCGGUGAAGCCGAUCCUAAUCGGGCACAAUCAUCACGGGAGCGGCCUGAUGCCAGCUUCCGCGGCGAUGGUGAACAAUGUGGUCUCCGCUGCGCCCGGGGCCAACACGAGCCUCGCUUCCGACGCCAAGACCCUCACCAAGGACGAGCUGUCGAACAUGUCCGUGGUGCACUACGCGAAAGUAAGGUACAGAGCGGCGCAGCAGAACCCUGCAACCCAGCAGAGGCUAGAGGAGCAGAAGACCAGCAACGCGCAAGCGUUCAACGCCAGCGAGCAACUGGUCUCAACGGCCCGGUCCAAGUUCGAGACCGAAAUCAAGAAGGACAAGGACGCUAACAAAGAGGACAAGGAUCCUGUGACCUCCAGGUGGGGACCCAGGAUCAACACUCCUAGACCUAGGAUCGAGCAAGUGCCUCAUCCGGAAUUGACCACGCAACAGAAACAGCAUAUCAGAGCCGCGGCGGCGACCGGGACCGGAAACAAUCCUAUCAGACCGUUCUUGACUAGGGGAUCGGUCGCCGAACGCGUGCUCAUCUUCGAGAAGUGUCCCAGCGAGCUGCUCCUGGACAAACGCGGACCGAGGCAGCCCGCUAUUAACACCUGGAGGACCGGCCACGAGGUUCAGAAUAAGGCUCAGACGUACGCGAAAGACAAAGCGCAGCAGAAGAACCUACCGCCGCACACCACGUUACAGAGGCACGUGAAAGCGAACAGGAACGUACACAUACCGAGAUUUUAUUUCCCCGGGGGAAAGCCGCUGCCAUUGUCGCAAGUGGAGGCUGCCAUCGCCAAAAUUACCGCGGCAUUCCAGUCGCUGCCGGGCCAUCGCGCCUCUCGCGCUCAAUUUCACACGAUCACGAAGGCAUGCGAUCUGCCUCUUUAUUGGAAAGUGCCGCUCUUCCUGGCGGCAGGGGGCGACCAGACCGGCUACGUCGAGAUGAACGCCUUCCUUGAUUUCUGGAAAGAAAUGUCGAACACCCACCACGACGCGGCGAGCAAGUUUAUCAGAAUCACAACCCGGGGCCAGAGGAACAGCAUACUGCCCGAAGAUCUGAUCCCGCUGGUGCAGGACCUGGUCGAGACCCAUCCCGGUUUAAUUUUCCUGAAAGAGGCUACUGAGUUCCAUUCACGCUACGUACACACGGUGAUCGCCAGGAUAUUCUACUGCGUGAAUCGAAGCUGGAGCGGAAGGAUUUCCGUGGCGGAACUGAGGAGGAGCAACUUGUUAUCGGUGAUUGCAAUCCUCGAGCACAAGGAGGACAUCAAUCUAGUCACCGCAUACUUCAGCUACGAACACUUCUAUGUCAUUUACUGCAAGUUCUGGGAGCUUGAUCGAGAUCACGACCUGUUCAUCGACAAGAAGGAUCUCACCAAGCAUAACGAUCACGCUCUAUCGAAGCGCAUGAUCGCAAGAAUAUUCAGCGGUGCGGUGACUAGAGGAGGCGUGAAGAGUGCGAACGGUGUGCAGCAACCCCAGGACAAGAUGAGUUAUACUGAAUUUGUGUGGUUCUUGCUUAGCGAGGAGGACAAGAACCAUCCCACCGCAAUCGAAUAUUGGUUCAGAUGCAUGGAUCUCGACGGCGACGGCUACUUGUCGAUGUACGAAUUAGAAUACUUCUACGACGAGCAGUUGCAUCGCAUGGAGGCGAUCGGAUUGGAGACAUUGCCGUUCGAGGAUUGUCUCUGUCAGAUGUUGGACAUGAUCAAACCAGCGACGCCGGGGAAAAUAUCAUUAAGCGACUUGAAGAGGUGCAAGAUGACCUCGAUAUUCUUCGACACCUUCUUCAACCUCGAGAAGUAUCUGGAUCACGAACAGCGGGAUCCGUUCGCGUCUGCGAGGGAGCACGACCCCGAUGGCCACGAGCUGUCAGACUGGGACCGAUUCGCAGCUGAAGAGUAUGAGAUGUUGGUAGCAGAGGAGAGUGGUAACGAACAAAACGAGCAGAAGUCUUAUGAUUCCAUGUCGGAAGACGUGUUCGCUCAAAAUAUGGAUGGAGAAUCGGUGGAUCUGCUUCAGAAUACUGAGCACCAGGGCUACCUCGACGAUCAGUCGACGGCCAAUCCGCAAGACUCCAUUCAUCAGUCAAGGAAUCAGUACUAUGAUAGCGGAGAUAGCGACGACUACGCCGAGAGCGACAACUGAUUCUCCUUUGAUGACACAAGGAACUUAAAGGAAGUAGAAACAGUCCCUUCUGAAGGAAAGAUUAGUUUGAAGAAAGAGCAAACACUUUGAAAGACACAAAGAAGUUUAUUAGUGGAUAAAUGAUCACAGUAAUCCAGUGAAAAAAUGAAAGAGAAGUCCUUGAAAAAGGAAGGAAAAUAAUUCCCCUUUAAGGAGGAAGUAGCUUGAGAUUGCAAGUAGCAGAUCAAGACGUUCAGUCAAAGAUAAAUGAUCAAGAUUCAGCGAAAAAGAGAUUAGAGUCUUGAAUAGUAUUUGCUACAAAUGUUGAAAGAACGUAGACGAGACACAUAAUUAUUCUCCAAGUAAUGGGGGUUGUCAGUGACCGUGAGAGGAUUCCUGGAUCCGUGGACUGUAUUGUAUCGGAUCAAUUCGGUGAUCUUUGAAGUUACCGUGACUAAGUACAAAAGUACCGGAGACGCUCGAGAUGGAUUCUGAGUGUUCGCAAUGUGACAAGGAGCAUAUCUAAAGAUAGGUCGCUCUGGAAGCGUUCAGUGAUCCUCUGCUAAAUCCGGGGAGAGUUCAUCGUCACCGAAUCGAUCUGCAGCUAAAAACGGACGAAGAAACCAGGCCGUCACGACUCGUGUGAUAAGUGUCGUUGUUCAAUCCUGUACACGAUGUUCAAUCUGUACGUGCUGUGUACUUCACGUUGUAAAUAGACAGCAAAUCACCGGACCCUUAUUUUUACUUAACGUAAGAACCACUUUGAGACGUGACGCCUCCGAUUGUUGCAGCCGUUCUCCCAGCACGCCAUAAUUUUAUCGUGAACUAUGAGGGAUACCCUCCUCCGGAGGAGAACCCUCUCUGUCUUCCGUGUAUUCGCACGCGUACCUUUUUCUAGCCCAAAGGAUGUUAUUUUUUAGAGGAAACGAAGAAUGAAUCUCCGUGAGACACAGUAUAUACAGUUUCUUGGAAGACAGAGAGGGAAGGAAGAGGACUCAGGGGUGUGCAGCUGCUGCAGUCGGAAGCAAUACUAAUCGAAGAUAUCAGGGAAUCUCUUGCCCUCUGUAAUCGUCUUGUAAACCAUAGUAUUACACCGCGACCGUAUUGCGUGAAACUGAUGAGAGGAUCGUACAGAGUCAAAGUAUUCGUCCACGAUCGAGAUAAAUUCAAUUGACUACUUUAGAGCGUUAAUGAAAUCAGGUCGAGUACCAUAAUUAAACACGAAAUUGGUUCAGUGGUAUACCCUUAUAUUUCAGAGCAAAUCUCUGAAAUUAUUUUUACUUCAAGUAAUACCUGAAUGGCCAAUUGAUUUUAUUGUGAUUGUGGAGACCUUGUAGGCACUACUCGUACGCGAGUGUCUUCUUUUUCUGAUGAUGCAAACUAUGUAUUUCGCGAGCUUUCGCCAUUUCAUUUCUGCGGGCCUGGAAACGGGUAACGUUUACGAUAAACAAGCCAAAGAUGCAACGUGUUCCGUUGUCCGAAGAGCGAAGAUGUACGAGAAGAGAGGAAAGAUCGGGGAAUUGCCAAGCGCUCUGUUUUGUUUCAAAUUCGUGUUACGAAAUUAGGGGUUUUUCCCUUGAGAUUCCCUUGAAUAGCAGGAUGCCGGAUUUUAUGGACACUAGAACUACUAGUAAAUCUAAUUUGCGGUCUCUUAUUUAGCAAUUACUGAAAUCCUGAAGCUUAUUUUAUGGAAAUUACUGCGAGAAGUUGAUUUGUUCAAAUACACAUUUAAUUUUGACCACUCGGUAGUUGCAGCGUUAAAUAUUAGAACAGAUCCGACCGAUGAAGUCUUUUGUAAGUUGCGUUAAUGUUGUUUUGUAACAGAGGAAACAUAUCCAAAAUAGUUUGUUAAAUUCUCUUUUUUCGUAUUUACUUCAGCGAGUCGAUAAAAGGUUUCGUAUGCGUACUCUUGAAUGUUCAAUCUUGAAUAAGACAAUUACGGAAAAUCUUGUUUCCAAAUGGAUCUACCGAUUUUAUAUUACUUUCUCGCUAUUAUGGGAACACCGUGAUGUUCCACUGCAAAGGACUUUUAAACGCGGUUCGACUCAACGAUUGAACUUGAAUUAAUCACGGGUGUUGGUACUCUUAUUCAUUUAAAGAAGCAUCUCGUGGCAAGCCCUUGAUUGUUACUGUUAAAUUGAUUGCUCGUGAGAUUUUAUUUCUGCGUGAAUUCUAUGUCUUGUUGUUAUAUUAAAUAAUGAAUUCGCUCGAACGACGACCGUUAUUUCCGGUCUGUAAGAGUGUGCACUGCAUUCGGAUAACUGCCGCGGUACGAAUCAUUAUAUCUGAUUGACCUGUUUUGAGCCGCCAAGACUGCUGGAAUCCCUGUAUAUAUAUACAUACACAUACACACACAUAUAUAUACAUAUUACUUUCGUCUUCGAGAUUUCAUUUUUAAACUGCGUAUAUGAUAUUACUCUAGUCGAAAUGUGUGCUAUAAUUCACGUAAAAAAUGACCACGAGACUGGGGGGCUUAGUUUAGAUAUCUGUUUCGUGUUUGUUGAUUAACGACGAUGAAUCGCGAGCGAAACUUCCUUGUCGUUAUAUGUAUUUCGUUCUGGAACAUAAUGGCCAUGACUAGAUUCGUUGAAAGAAUAAUCCCAUUAAUUUUCUUUUAAAUACUUUUCGACUUAUUUUUUUUGUCAACGCCUUCAUAUUGGGUCUAGAAAAAAAUACGCAAUAGUUUAAAUUAAUUGCUAGAAAAUUAUAAUGUAGACACUUAGACAAUUUGAAUUCUUAGAUAAAGUAAAUCUCUAAUUGUCAUAAGCGAUUGAUGUUCCAAAACGAAAUAUUGGAUCCAAGACGGUGCUCCGGAUCGAUGCUUGGCAAACACUGAGACCGGUAUUGUUCUUGUUGCUGUUUGCGUACCUGUUUAGUUGAUUGCAUGAGCCCAGCUGUUGUUUUAUAAAUCGCUCGUUUGAAUCGUUUAUCGAGGACCGAUGUUUACCAAGCAUCGAAGCCUACAACGAAACCCACGUGCUGCUUUUAUGUCGGCGUAUCGAUCAUCCGAUAAGGAAGAGGAUCUUAUUAAUCGGUUCUGAUGGGAGAGUAUAUCGUGCAGAAUCGGACUUCGUGAAUUUCAAUUUUCUUUUUUGUAACGCGGCGAUCCGCGUGCGAGGUCGCUUUUGUUGACUAUCCAAAGAUGUAAAACUAUUAACACUUUACAAUCGUAUCUUUUAUAUAGUUCGUUACGAUAUUUUUUUUUACUAUAUAAAUACGUAUAUGUAUAUAUAUCUCUAUGUGCAUAUAUGUAUAUGUGCAUAUCUCUUCGUAGAAGUUCUCGUCGUAACGCGUUGUUCACGCAUUCGUUUUUUGGCAUCGACGACUCGACGUCGUGACGACGGGACGAGGAAAGAACGUGUCUGGUUAUUCGUCAUUGCAUUUGGCCAUGUUUUUUCGAUUGUUAUAUUUAUUCAUUACUCUAUGAUAGGUUUAUCACUGUUCUAGCGAUCUGUUACGUGACGAAACGAGUCGAGCGUGUCCGCGCCACGAUUUUCGCGUGUCUCCUCCGCGUAUGUAUUUCCAACGGGAAAAAAAACGGGAAGAACAAGGAAAACGAGGAUUUUUCAAUGGACACCAUGCUCGCAUCCCGAGAUGUCGAAGUUCGUGGCUUGAAAUUAAACACGCAUGCUUUCGCAGUCUCGAUUAAUAAACUCACGUUCACCAUUUACCUACAUUUUUAUUUAUAUAUUUUAUCUGUGCAUGAGUAGACGAGUAAGGUAAUUUUGCAAGUUAAUAAAAAUGAACGGUAAAAGAUCCUUUGC